CAGCUCCAAUUUCUGGCCUCUGUUGCUUUUCGUUGCCCGAAAUGUAGAAGAGGUUUUUAUAUAUUUAAUUUAUUUUCUUUUUUCCCCCCAUUUUUUAGGAAUUUCCAUUUCUUUUCUUGCUUUACUCACUGGCAUCAUCAACACCAUCCUUUGAAGCAUCUUUCAGAGAUUUCUUUAGAUUUGUUCCUGAUCUGAUCGAAAGAAAAGCUCAAUUUACUUUUUCAUUUUCGAAGUCUUAAUCAAGAAAGAAAUAGAGAAGAAAAUGGAAUCCGAGUUUCAACACCACCAUCCUUUCAUUCAAGAUUAUCAUCAACAACAGCAACAUCACCAGAAGCAAAUGAAUUCUGGGUUGACGAGAUACCAAUCUGCGCCAAGCUCUUAUUUCUCCGGUUUCUUAGACAGGGACUUCUGCGACGAAUUCCUCAAUAGGCCAUCAAGCCCUGAAACAGAACGAAUUUUCGCCAGACUUUUGGCCAGUACUGGUGGCAACACUGAAAACGUACCAAGUCAAAAUUUUUCAGCACUUAAGCCAGAUUCUCCAGUUAAAGAAGAAGUGCCACAAGUUAACCAGCAACCGCAGAUUAAUGAUACAAGGUUACAGCGACAGAGCAGCAAUUACUCUGCUUCGCAGAGUUUUUACCAGAGCCAAUCAAAACCACCAUUACCAGAUCACAAUUCUGGUUCUGCUAUGGAUUAUAGGAUGGUGACACCAAUGGGAAUGGAGCGGUUGCCACAGAUGAAGAGUUCUAGUAGUGGCAAUAAUUCGAAUCUUGUUCGACACAGUAGCUCGCCUGCAGGGCUUUUCUCCGACAUAAAUAUUGAAAUGGAAAAUGGAUAUGCUGUACUGAGAGGCAUGGCAGAUUAUGGAACAGCUAAUAGAGAAACAUCUUAUUCUGCAGCAAGUAGGCCUCCAGCUGCUCCUCCUUCAGGGCGAAUGAGUCUAAUUGCUGAAAUUGGGAACAAAGAAAAUAGCUCUGACAAUUAUGCCGCAGCAAGCUUCUCUAUUGCAUCCUGGGAUGAUGCGUCUGUUAUGUCUUCUGGUGCAAAAAGACUAACAGAUGAUGAUAGGACACCCUCUGGCCUAAACACAUCUGAAACUCAGAAUGCAGAAGCAGUAACUCGCCCGCCAUUGUUGGCACAUCACUUGAGUUUGCCAAAAACCUCAGCUGAAUUUUCUGCUAUAGAAAAGUAUCUGCAGUUGCAAGAUUCAGUGCCUUGCAAGAUUCGAGCAAAGCGAGGAUGUGCUACUCAUCCAAGGAGCAUUGCUGAAAGGGUGAGAAGAACUCGAAUUAGCGAAAGAAUGAGGAAACUUCAGGAUCUUGUACCUAACAUGGAUAAGCAAACAAACACAGCGGACAUGCUAGAUUUGGCUGUCGACUACAUUAAAGACCUCCAAAGACAAGUGAAGACACUAUCAGAGAACCGGGACAAGUGUACCUGCACAAGCAAGCAUCAACAGUAGCCAAAAAAUGGCAGAGUAUAACGAUAUAACUCGGUCAUCAUAUGUAUAGAACUGAUUAAUAUUAAUUAAUAAGGAAUUGCAGAGGAGGUGUAAUCAUAAAGAGGGAACUAGGGUUAUGGUUUCUUUUGCACUGAAAGAGAAGAAGAUAGUAAUGUGGGUAGCUACUAAAAGCUAACUUUAAGAUCUAAAUUCAAACUUAUUUAGAAAAUAGAAAUGAAAUAGCUGUACAGUACUUUGUUUGAGUGUAUGUUGUAACAUGUGUUUCUACUUCUGGAAGCUUAGCCAAAUUAAGAUAAGUUUAUGUGUUUAAGAAAACAGAGAAUAAUUGCAUGUUUUUACGCGUUUCUUUCCUUC